GCGAAACCACGUCACGUUCGUCUUCCUUACAUCUAUAUUUUUUGGAAUUGCAAUAUUAAGUGGCCCAAUGUCCAAUUUCCUCGUAUAUUUUCUCUUAGCUUGCCUUUUUGGGUGUCUGACCAACAGAGUUUACCAGAAGCCUUAGCGGCAGGAGUGUUCGGUCUGUCAGGGAUUUUCCUGAAAGCAUGGUUUCGAUUUGACCGCUGGGUCACCAGGAAGAAGAAGAACUAUCCUCUUUGCGCAUUCAUUGAAGGAAAAUAUCCAGGAAUUUGAAGUCCUUCCCAGCAUGUCGGCUAAAGACACUUUAAGGAGUAAUAAAACAGCUAUUCUGUCGACUUUGUGCGCGGAUCAGAGGCUCAUCCUCAACAAAGUCCAUGAGAAUCGCCUCAUUACGACUCGGGAGUACAACAACCUCAAAAGCAUCAACAAAGAAGACGUGGAAGGACACGUUGUUGAGCUUCUGGAUAAGAUUUUGAAUAAAGGCGAAACAGUCUGUCAAGAUUUCCUCAAAAUCUUGCAAACAGAUGAGGAAAUUAAAUCUACUUUUCCAGAACUGAAGCAACAACUGCAGCUAGAAGAAAUCUCUUUUCCUAAGUCAAUCCAAGUGUCCUCUUCAAACGAUGAAUACAUGCUGCACGACAACAAGAGGCAGAAAAGGGAGGAGGUUUAUCAGCUGAACACUCGUCCUGUCGGCAUCUGCGUGAUCAUAAAUAACCAGAAUUUCUUGGACGGCUCAGUGAGAAGAGGCACAGAGAAAGAUGCUGAAAGCCUGGCGGAGGUGUUUUCAUGGUUGGGGUUCAGAGUGCUGAUGUGCAAAGAUCAAACCAGUGAUCAGAUGAAGGGGACCCUGGAAUGCUUAUCAUUACUGUCCAGCUCCACUGACCUGCUGAAGCUUCAGGCUCAGGAGUGGUCUGAGAGCAGAUACGCCGGUCCUCAACAAGCGCUUCAGCACGGCGAUGCAUUUGUUUGCUGCAUUCUGAGUCAUGGACAAAAGGGAAUGGUUUUGGGGAUUGACCAGAUGCCCGUUCCUAUUAAACAUAUAACCCGAAUCUUCAAGGCAUCUGAGCAGUCAGCUCUCACAGGGAAGCCCAAAAUGUUCCUGAUACAAGCCUGCCAGGGAGGGCAGAUCCACAAAGGGGUGGCACUGACAGAUGUUGAGGCGGAUGAUUGCAGUACACAAACCAUCCCAGAGGAAGCAGAUAUCUUGGUUGCCUUGGCCACUGUGGAAGAUUACCCAGCUUACAGACACAUUUCUGAAGGCAGCUGGUUCGUCCAGUCUCUGUGUCAGCAGCUAAAGGAGCGCUGCCCCAAAGGAGAGGACAUCACUGCCAUCCUCCACCAUGUGAAUGAUGAUGUGGGACUGAAGGAGGGCUCCUCCCGCAUGCCCGGUGCCAUAAAGCAGAUGCCUGAAGUGAGGUUCACACUGAGGAAGAAAGUCGUGCUGACGCCAAAUUAAUGUGAAUUUAUACACUCCUUUAAACAGUCCAGAAAGCUUAUUUGGCUCUGGAAAAAACUGUCAUAAUAUGUAUUUUUCUCUUUUAUUGUCUUUAUUUACAUUGUAUUAAGCUUUUUACACAGUCACAAAUGCAUCUUAAGAAAAUAAAGUUGAACAUGUGGUGAAA